AUGUCUCGGCCUGUUCAUCUUCCAGUCCCUUGUCCUGUUCAGCUUGGUACCUUAAGAAAUGAUUCCUUGGAAGCUCAGCUUCAUGAGUAUAUCAAACAAGGGAACUAUGUGAAAGUCAAGAAAAUUCUUAAGAAAGGAAUUUAUGUUGAUGCAGUUAACUCCUUGGGCCAAACAGCACUUUUUGUUGCAGCAUUAUUAGGCCUUACGAAGUUAGUUGAUGUUCUGGUGGAUUAUGGAUCAGAUCCAAAUCACCGCUGCUUUGAUGGGAGCACCCCUGUACACGCAGCUGCGUUUUCAGGCAACCAGUGGAUCCUCAGCAAACUGCUGGAUGCUGGGGGUGACCUGCGGCUCCAUGAUGAGAAGGGUCGAAAUCCUCAGACCUGGGCUUUGACAGCAGGGAAGGAGCGCAGCACCCCAAUGGUGGAGUUUAUGCAGCGCUGUGCCUCACACAUGCAGGCUGUCAUCCAGGGCUUCUCUUAUGAUCUCCUGAAGAAGAUAGAUGCCCCUCAGCGGCUCAUCUACAGCCCGCCCUGGUUUGGGGGCCUCAUGCAGGGAAACCUUAAUGGCUCUCCUAACCGACUGCUUAAAGCUGGAGUCGUUUCUGCCCAAAAUAUCUACAGCUUUGGCUUUGGGAAGUCCAUGUUUUGGUUUCAGUUUUAUCUCACAGGGGGCACAGAGCUUGCCUAUCUGGGAUCUCUUCCAAUCAUUGGAGAAAAAGAAGUGAUUCAAGCUGACGAUGAGCCCACCUUCUCUUUCUUCAGUGGCCCCUACAUAGUCAUGACCAACCUGGUGUGGAAUGGGAGCAGAGUCACAGUGAAAGAACUGGAUCUUCCGACCCACCCACACUGCAGUAAACUGCGACUGACCGACUUGUUAAUUGCUGAGCAGGAACACAGCAGCAAGCUGCGGCACCCCUACUUGCUGCAGCUGAUGGCUGUGUGCCUGUCCCCGGACCUGGAGAAGACCCGCCUUGUGUACGAGCGUGUCACUGUCGGCACAUUGUUCAGUGUCCUCCAUGAACGACGGUCCCAGUUCCCAGUGCUGCACAUGGAGGUGAUUGUGCACUUAUUGCUCCAAAUUGCUGAUGCCCUGAGAUACUUGCAUUCCCGGGGGUUUAUCCACCGCUCCCUCAGCUCCUACGCCAUCCAUAUUGUGUCCAAGGGGGAAGCGAGACUGACCAACCUGGAGUACAUGAUGGAAAGCCAGGACAGAGGUGUACACAGGGAACUGACUCGAGUACCCCUCCCUACCCAGCUAUACAACUGGGCCGCACCAGAAGUGAUCUUACAGAAGGCAGCCACAGUGAAAUCCGACAUCUACAGCUUUUCUAUGAUCAUACAGGAGAUUUUAACAGAUAACAUACCUUGGGAUGGCUUAGAUGGCUCAGUUAUUAAAGAAGCCAUAGUCUUGGGAAAUUAUUUAGAAGCUGAUGUCAGGCUUCCAAAACCUUACUAUGAUAUUGUUAAGUCAGGCAUCCAGGUCAAGCAGAAAGACCGAACAAUAAAUCUUCAAGACAUCCGGUAUAUUCUGAAGAAUGACUUACAGGAUUUUAUUGGAGACCAGAGAACUCAGCCAACUGAGAGCCCCAGGGUGCAGAGAUAUGGAUUCCAUCCUGAUGUCAAUGUCUAUCUAGGACUGGCUUCAGAGCAUCCAAAAGAGACCCCUGACUUGGAAAUCAUAGAGCUAAAGGAAACAGGCAGUCAACCUCAUUCACCAAGGAGUCACUUUUCUCCCACUGAGAAAGGAACACUUGAUGCUCAGACCCCAAAUCCAAGUAGGAUUGCCAAGGAGACUCAGAAUCAAAAUACUCCUUCUCCUGCUCCAUCUGUGGCAGAAGUGGCCAGCAGCCUCAGCGCAGGUCAGGCGAGUUUCUGCAGCUUUGAAAUCAAUGAAGUGUACUCAGGCUGCUUGAGCAUAGGAGAUGACAAAGAGGAAGAGCCUAUAAGAACUUCUUCAUCUCUUGAGGGAGAUAGACCAAACCAGGCAGAUGACCUGAAGUCCAUGGAGGAAGAGCUGGAUAAGAUGGAAAGAGAGGCAUACAGUCUUUGCGAUGAGGAUGAGAGCUUUUCAGAAUCUGACACAGAGCUCUCCUUUGAGAACUGGGACUGGCAAAAUGGUUCGCUUAGUUCACUCAGCCUCCCUGAGCGAACUAGACAAGCCAAGGGCAACAUGAGCAACAGGUCCAUGACUGAGGAGUACAUCAGCAAGUGUGUGCUGAAUCUAAAGAUUUCACAGACGCUAAUGCACCAGAAUGCUGAUUUGCUGAGGAACAUCGAACUGAAAAUAGAGAAACUUGAGAUGAUACAGAAGGAGCAGGAAGAGCACAUGUCUUUGUGGGCUACUUCAAGAGAGUUUGCAAAUGUCUACGACUUGCCUUCAGCCCUGGGUCCUCCAGCUUCCAGUUACAUUCCUCCUGUCUUGCCGCUAUCAGCGGGCCAGCAGUCAGACACCAGUGACAGUUGCCCAACCCUAGCAAGGUUUCCAAGGACACUGCCAACUCUUUGUGGCCCUGGAAAACAGAACACAAGUGAACAAUUUCAGCCCACUCAGGGAGCCAAAGACAGCUUGGAAAGAAGCAGGAACCGAAAUACCUGUAGCCAAGGAAGGCCUAGAGAGUCCUGUGCCCAAGCCAAAGUUACGAAGCUAAAUAGUACAGUCUUCCCUGUGUCAAGCCACCAGCAGGGACCUCCUGAGUCACCCAGCCCUUAUCAGGACUCUACAAGGACCAGUAUGGAAUCCGUGUCUUCUGAAAUCUAUAAUGCAAAGUCAAGAAAUAAUGGAGAUAAUGGAAAGCUAUCCUUAAAAUGGAAAAUGGAGGUGAAAGAAAUGGCAGAGAAAGCUGCUACUGGGCAGCUCAUAGUACCUUCUUGGCAUCCUCAGAGCAGUUUGACUUUAGAGAGUGCAACUGAAAAUGAACCAGAUUCCCUGCUGCAGCCCCCCAUUAGGGGUCCUGAGAACAUUGAUGGGCCACAAGUUGUAGAGCAUCACAGAGAAAAUGAUAAGCCAGGACGAAAUGGCAGGUGUGAUGAAAUGGACAACAGAGACUGUGAUCAUGACCAGCACGGCAGACAACCUGGGCCUCAAAGCUUCACCAGUAUCAAGCACCCAUCCCCCAGAACAAGUGAGCAACCAGAGCACAGUGAAGAUUUUCAAGCAAUUUCUGAUGCAUCUGUGGUCAUUGAGAAAUCUUACAGUGAUCAGUCCAUGCUGUCAACUUGUUCACCAGAAUCUUCUGAGGACAUAACAGAUGAAUUUUUAACACCAGACCAUGAAUAUUUUUGCUCCUUGGCUGCUCAAGAAAACUUAGCUCUAGAGACCUCAAGUCCCAUAGAAGAGGACUUUGAAGGAAAAGAAGGUGUGUUUCCCCAACUUCAAGCCUCUGGUGAGGGAAAGUUCCAAAUGAGAAAAAUUAUUGGAAAGAAUGCUGAGAUUUUGACCUGGUCUCAAUUUCAACCUACAGGAAGUACUAAAGGUGAACAUGAAGAAACAUUAAAGGAGACACCAAAGGAGCUGAAAGAAAAAGACAUAUCAUUGACAGAUAUUCAAGACCUGUCUAGUAUCUCUUUUGAACAAGACAGCUCUUUUAAGGAAGCCUCAUGCAAAACACCCAAAAUAAACCAUGCACCUACUAGUGUCAGCACCCCACUCAGCCCAGGGUCAAUUUCUUCAGCUGCCAGUAGCUACAAAGACUGCCUUGAAAGUGUCACAUUUCAGGUUAAAACAGAGUCUACUUCUUGCUGGAACACUCAAGAAUCUAUUCAAUCUUUGUCCAAUAAAUUUACAACUGUCCGAGAGAUAGCAAAGAGCCUGGAUUCUCUCUUUACUUCCUCUGAAAAUCCUCCUUUAAGACAGACUGAUCUUAAAAGAUUGUCUGCAUUUAAUGUGACUGGUUCCUCCAACAUCACUAAGGCAUCUGUCACAUCACCCCAUGCCACCCAGAGAAGGAGCCUGCCUAAAGUAGAAGCCAUCUCACAGCAUCACAUUGAUGACCUCCCACCACCAUCUCAGGAAUUACUUGAUGAAAUUGAGCUCUUGAAGCACCAGCAGACCUCCUCCACAGUAUUACAUGAGAGCACAUGUGAACUGGGCAUCACUGCAAAUGAUCAAAGGCACUUAGAAAAACAAGAAACUGACAGUAAAAAAGAAGAUGAUAGUAUGCUUUGGACCAAAGAAGCUCAGGAUCUAGGAGAAGACACAGAGAGAGCUCACUCUACUCUGGAUGAAGACCUGGAAAGAUGGCUACAGCCACCUGAGGAAAGCAUGGAACAACAGGAUCUCCUCAAGAGUUCUGCAAGGAAAACAAAGACUGGGGAUCAAGAAGUUGGUGAAAGGAAGAGAAAAGGUGAAGAAAGCAUCAAGCCAGAGAGAAGGAAAGCGGAGAGCUUUUUAGGGACUUCUGAAGACGAUGAACUAAAACCCUGUUUUUGGAAGCGACUAGGUUGGUCAGAACCAUCCAGGAUAAUCGUGCUGGAUCAGAGUGACUUGUCAGACUGACUGGAAUUGGAUCGGAGAGGGACUCGUGGCCUGAGUUUGAAUUCCCUGGUUGUGAGCUCCUUUCUUCUCUGCUUCAGUUGCCAUCAAGGCAGUGGUUCCAGUUCUGUAACUCUGUUGAGCUGCAACAUAGACUAAUGACUUGGCCCUGUUUGUUGGCAGCAUAGUCAGUCAGAUUGCUGAAAAGUGAGAGGUAGUUUUGAUUGUAAAACUUUUUUGUUGUGCCGGAAUGGCCUUUGGUUUAGUUGAUAUAAAUUUUUGAAAAUAUUAACUCUUGUUAUAUAAUAAAAUGUUUACUUACUAGCU